AAGGACCUACCAGGCACUACGAAUAACAGCGUUAGUUAUCGGGUGUAUUGGCAUGGGCGUCUCAGGCUCUGUGUACGCCUUCGGCGCCUUCGCUAACGCCUUGAAAAAGACGUUCAAUUACACACAGACGGAGGUUGAAUCGUUGGCAUUCAUGAAUAAUCUCGGAAUGGCUUUCGCCUUCCCGGCAGGGAUUAUGGUGGAACGUGUUGGCGCGCGCUGGACGUCCUUGACCGCGCUAAUUUUGACCUCACUGGGGUCAUUCUUGAUGUACAGCACUACGUACCAAAAAGUGUUCUACUCUAGUAGAUCUUGGCUGCAAGAUAUAUAUUUCUUUCUAACAGGUACUGGCGUCACCUUCACCUACAUAGCUUGUCUAAUGACCAUCUCCGCAAACGUCAGCCCUAAACACCUAGGAAAAGUGUUAGGGAUUAUUAACGGACUGCACAGUUGUGGUGCGAUGGUCGUGGCGCUGGUUUACGGUACGCUAUUCACAAACGGCCACUAUGACAAUGACGAAGAUAAACAAGACUUGCGGGGAUUCUACCUCACGAUGGCGCUGAUAUUUACAGUUACAAAUAUUCUUGGAAUACUUUUCCUCUCUCAGUAUGGACAUGGCGACACCGAGGAAUUGCCUCUUAUAAGCGGUGACAAAGUCCGGAAAGACCGAAAAAAGAUCAGAGACAAUAUUCCGAUUCCGGAACCGGUUGAAGAUAUCACUGGUUUCAAGUUGCUGAAGUCCUUUGAUUAUCAGUUCUUGAUGUGGACUUUCAUUAUCUGUUCCAGUUUACAGUAUAUGUUCCAGAGCAAUAUUACGACAUACCUCAAAUCGUUUCGUAUGGAGAAUGCUAGCACGUUAUUCACGACCUUGUACUUCACCUUGGGAACGGUCUUUAUCUUCGUCAUUGGAUAUCUCUCCGAUUCCAUAGUCCACCGAGUGCCUCGACCUGCUGUUGCCUUAAUCGCGAUAAUUUUCCAAACCGUUAGUUUAACUCUGUGCAUCUUUUUCGGAAAUUACUACAGCGUCUUGCUCGUUUCGUUACUAUGUGUUGUAAUAUCUUUCGGCGUCACCUGGAGUCUAACUGCCCCAAUGACCAGCGAGUUCUUUGGGAUGAGGUAUUUCGGACGGAACUGGGGAUUCAUGAUGCUGGGGUCAGCAUUCUUUGCUCUGAUUCUGCAUAAGUUAUUUGGCGCCAUUUACGACGAUCAGAUCAAAACUUCGGGAGUUAAAGACUGCUUCGGACUCGGCUGUUUCCGAUACAGUUUCUUGAUGGUCGCGGGUUUGAGCUUUUGUGCUGUCGUAUUGUACGUCGGGCUUCUUAAAAGAAGACUGAAACUACUUAGAUUCAUCCAGGAUUAAUAGUAGUACAAGGGCCUUUAUAGAGUCAUGGCCUACUUUUCAUGACCUUGGAUACCUUGGCAUAUUCGGACAGGUCUGUGUCCGCCCAAUCUUAUUAAAAUUAGCUCUACUGGUCUACCAGUAGAUCUAACAGCAAUGCGUGUACUCCCAUGUCCAGGUGACAUUUCAUCUAUAAAUAAUAAUUUAAAUAUCGACCAAUCAUAUUCGGGAGCAUACAAAUUCUAAAAAUAUCGGGUGAGAC